UUCAGGAGGAGCUCUGCACGGCAGCGGCUGCAGGUCGAACCGUCGAAAUGACGGACUUGUGGGUGUCCCUGGCGGUGCUGGGGGUCGCGCUGCUCCUCAGCGAGUUGACCCGGCGGACUGCAGCUCUCCUCCCGGGAGUUUCCCGGGUUUACCUGCUGGAGGCAGCGUCCACCUUCCAGCUCUGCGGCUGCUGCCACGAGCUGAAGCUGUUGGGGGAGUCGGGCCGCCUGGAGCUGCUGGUCGGCCUCACCAUCACCUACACCAUGACCGUCAUUCACCUCCUAACUUUCCGCGGCGCCUCCUGCAACCCAAGCGGGGUUCUGGAGGGCUUCUGCCGGGGCAGCAGCUCCGGGAAGUCGGCCUCGGUGCUCAUACUCUGCCAGUUCGGAGCCGCCGUCGCCGCGCAGCACUUCGCCGCGGCGGUGUGGUCCCUGGGUCUGUCCGACCUCCACCUCCGGCACCAGAAGUUCGGCUACCGGUGCUUCGACCCGCUCGGCGGGACCGUGCUGGAGGCCGCGGCCGUGGAGCUGGUCUGCGCCUUCAUGGUUCAGGCUGUGGCCGCACAUGUACACCGAGCUCCGGAGAAGCUCCGGGUCCACUGCUUCGCUGCGGUCAUCACGGCUCUGGUUUAUAUAGGUGGCAGUAUUUCCGGAGCAGUUUUUAACCCCGUCCUGGCCUUUUCCAUCCAGUUCCCCUGCAGCGGACACACAUACCUGGAGUACUGCUUCAUCUACUGGCUGGGGCCGAUGCUAGGUGUGGCGAGCUGCGUCCUGCUGUUCGAGAAGGUUCUUCCCUUCCUCUCUGGAAAAACCAGCGUCAACGUCCCUGCUGCUCAGAAACAGAAAACCCAGUAGCUGCGAUGUAAGAGUCUGGAAAGUUUUUAUUUUCCUUCUGUCGCGAACGACAGCCGCACAAACUGUUUUUAUAACAGUUAAAUUAAAAGUUAUGACACUAACUUCAAACGUUCACACUAGGUUUAUAACUUCAGAUUUUUUACUAAAGCUUCGGAUCGACUUAAAAUAGAUUUCAUAAUUCUCACGACAGUCUUGAGGAUGUGGGCGGUUCCCAAACUACGUGUCAUGGGCCCCCUGGUGGUCGCGAAGCGUAUAUAUGACAAAGAAACAUAUUUUUGUUAUAAUUGUUGUGAUAUUUUUUAUGACCCCUGAGGUGAUUGUGACAAAUUAGAUGAUUUCCACUCAAGUCGAUUUAUAACAUCACAGGAAACAUAUUCAAGUCGUUGAUUAUGUUUCACUUCAACAUCCUUUUGGAGGACAGGGGGGUCGGGGGGGAGGGUGUCAAGUCUCUGGAGUUAUUAUUAGGGUAAAGUUUGGAUAGGAGACGUUUUUUCAGUGUCAACAGGUCAUGUGACAUUCCUUUUAAAAUACAUGAGCACAGUAGAAACACACACGAGCCAAAGAAGCCAAUGUUUAAAAACACAUAAUUUAAACAGCUUGACUGCACUUUUAUCAUGUAGAGUGAGUGACAGAGCACAAAGGGGUGAACGGUUCGGUUUGUGUUUAGUUUGAUUUGGGUUCAUUUUGUCGCACAAUCGUUGAUGUUCUACACAAACUGCACCGUUUCAAGAACUUUUAAGAAAACUGUGAGGACACUGUUGGUUUUCCAUCUUAAGUAUAAAAGACUAAAAACGUUUACGGUUGAAUCUUUGUUUUCCUGCAAAAAUCAUGUUUGACAUCUGCAUUAUUUAUCCUGAUGAAGGGAACCUGGUGUGAUAUCUGCAUUAGUUUGAUUAAUACGACUUAUUUUCAUGAUAUAUUAUUUGGGUGAAUUGCUUUUCUUUGUCGCACUGGAUUUAAUUUUUGGUCUCGACUCUUCUGUUUCUCUGUGAAGGAUCAUUUACGUCUUUUAAAUACCUCGACAGUCUGGAUGUUCAUGAUAAAUUAAGUUAGUGGGAGUAAGACUUCAAGAUUAUUUAAAAAAAAAAUGUGAAUAAACUUAAUUUUGUAAUUUAAAUGCUUUCUAAUGCCUGAUAUUUUAAAUAUCAAUAUUUUUAAUAAAAACUUCCCAAUCUA